CCCGUUAAACAUGUACACGAACUAAACGUGGAAGCAGAACGGAGAAUUUCUCAGCCUUUAUUCAGAGCAAUAUGUUUGUUAAAUGCAGAUUUGUGGUUUGUGUUAGCGCGAGCAGCUCACCGUAAUGGCGCUCGCGAACAUCUCCGACCAGCAAAUAUUCUGUUUGGAUUUGUGCUUUGUCAGAUGAUUGGUUUAAAAGAAUGAUUUGUGUUUCAGUAUUUAAGUGUGGUAAAUGUUUGUCGUUGUAUUGGAAUGUGUUCUCUCUACACUCGAAAACUGAUGGGGUUUGAAGAAGGAGCUUUAAAUAACUACAAAUAUGAAGUUUGCAUUGAGUAUAAUGUUAAGCACGCGCAGGUUUCGCUCUUUGUGUCAGAAACGAAGGUGUACGUGGGUAAUCUGGGCACCGGGGCCGGUAAGGGUGAGCUGGAGCGCGCGUUCGGUUAUUACGGGCCGCUGAGGACCGUGUGGAUCGCGCGCAAUCCUCCGGGAUUCGCCUUCGUGGAGUUUGAAGACCCGAGAGACGCCGAGGACGCGGUGCGUGGAGUCGACGGCAAGGUGAUUUGUGGAUCUCGUGUGCGUGUGGAAUUAUCCACAGGAAUGCCGCGGCGUUCCCGAUACGAUCGGCCACCGACUCGCCGUCCCUUCGACCCGAGCGACCGCUGUUACGAGUGUGGCGAGAAGGGCCAUUACGCGUACGACUGUCACCGUUACAGCCGUCGGCGCCGGAGCAGCAGGUCUCGCUCGCGUUCUCGAUCCAGAAGCCGGAGACACGGUCGCUCGCGGAGUCGCAGUCGAGGGAGAAGGUCCAGGUCUUUUUCUCCUCGUCGGUCUCGCUCUGGAUCUCCCAGACACUCUCGAUCUGUGACGCCCAAACCAUCCAGAUCAAGAUCCCGCUCUCGCUCUGGCUCCGCCCACAGGAGCAGUCGGCUGCCCUCACGAAGUCCUGCAGGAACUGAGAGCCCAGAGAGAGAUGACUGAUCUUCUGACUCUUUUCUUCACGUUUUGCAGUUUGAAGUGUGUUUGUGUUUUGAAGGUUUAUGAAACGCUUAAUGCAGUGAAUUUAUCUGAAAUAACACAUUAAAAUGCAAGAAAAGCUUUUUUUUUGUGCGUUUCAUGAUAGGACGAUUCUUGUGUGAAAUCCUUUGAGUUGAUUUUUCUUUUCUGUAGAUGUGAGUUUUGUUACACACCAGCAUAUAUCGAAACUAUAAUAAAAACAGCAUUUCUGUGUGAAAAUGAAGAGUAUUGUUUUAUUUUCUUUUUUGAAGUGUAUAGAAAACAGGCGCGUGUGUAGAAAUUAUGCGUUCUAGACUUCUAAAAUCUUUUUUUUUUUGUCUUGUUCUUGUCAAACUAUUGUGUUGUUGAUGUAUUGUUAUAGAGAUGUUUCAUGUAAUAUUCUAGUCACACAUAUACAAUCAGAAAUGUAAUAUUCAGUUCAAUAUUACAAAUAGUGUUACUAUUUCAGAGAAACGCACAAAAGUGAUACAAAUGUUCAAUACCAUCAAUAUAGUACAUUUUACAACGUUGGAUUGUUUCGAAGCAGCUUUAAAGGAAAACAGAAAUACAAAACAGUACAUGGUAUUAUUCAAAGAGUAAGGGCAUUCUAAGAAAGCAAUGCUAAUGGAAUUUACAGAAGCUUAAAGGAACAAUACGACGUUUUUAGGAGGAUCUAUUGACCGAAAUACAAUAUAAUAUACAAAACUGUUUCUUCAGAGGCAUAUAAAGACCUUACGUAAUGAAUGAACCAUUAUGUUUGUAAUACCUUAGAAUAAGCUGUUUAUAUCUACAUACCAUAUAUUAUAUCGCCACGUUUUGUACAGCAGCCCUAAACGGACAAACAACUGUACUCAAUGCAGGAUAGGUUGUUUGCACAUGACGUCACGUUAUACUGAAAAUAUUUGUAAAGAUAUAAGCUCAUUUCUUAUGAGAAUAUUGAGAGUGGGUUCUACAAUAACUUUUAAGGAUAUUAUUUUGGGAUAUUAUGAAUCUGACUUGAACAAUGUUUGUUUUAUUGUUCAUUUAAAAUUUUUUCUUUGUAAAGUUUACAUAGCCUACAUAAAUGUAAAUUCGCCAAUAAUAAGCCAUUAUAUAACAUCUUCCGAAAAGAUCUUAAGUUAUACCUGGAUUCUUUUUCACCUUCUUUAAAUAAGAAAGCCAUUAAGACGAUUUCAGUUUGUAAACACUUUAAUUUAUAUACUGUAACUGAUGUAUAAUUUAAUUUCUUACCGUCGUGUUUGGUUUGUUUUAAUUUUUAUUUAUUUUACUUUUUUCUUCUCUAUUACUUUUGUACAUUUCAAUCUUUUUCUAUGUUCUAUGGCAGUGGUUCCCAAACUUUUUACAAUGGCGUACCCCCCAGGGAUUUAACAUCAUUCUGCGUACCCCCUUUCUUACAGUCACAAUUGUGGUCUCAAACAUUUUUUAUUUGCAUUAUAAAUGCAUGUCAUUUUCUUUUAUCAAACAAUAAAUGAUAUACGACUCGUAUAUAAACAAUAGAAAUAAUAAUAAAAGAAUGACAUUCUCCACAAUAGCCACUCUGUAACUCACCAUGUAGGAUGCGUCCAGUCCUUUCUCGUUAAGGUUUUCUGACGCUGUUCUAAGGGCCUUACUACUCCCGAGUUGUCUUAACUGUCUUUCGAAAAACUCUCGCGGUUUAUUUUUCAAAGUCGCAUGCUUUGUUUCUAAAUGCCUGCGCAAAAACGCUGGCUUCAUGCAGUUAUGAGAGAGAGUACUUUUGCACAUAUAACGCACUGUGGUUUGGGAUUUUCGUCACUAGUGCCAAUGUCAGUAAAUCCAUAUGAAAUGUAUUUCUCAUCAUAUUUACGCCUUUUUGAUGGUCUUUCUGUGAACUGCUGAACCUGAGUUGACGCUGUAGUCUCCGACGCAUCGCUAUCUGUGUCGGUGUCAACCGGAGCGGGUGGUUGAUUUACACCUGCAGCCGAAGUGCUGUCGGAGGGACCCGGGGUGUGGUCAGAGGACUGUGGGUCAUCCGAGCUGCUGGGAGUCCAUUUUCUUUCUGUGGCUGCGGGCCUAAAUCUUUGCAACCACUUAUCCAUUUUAAUUUAACAAGCAGUUGUUGCUUCGUUCCAAGCCACGUGCGGUCGAAUUAAAUGCGGUACGUAAAGACGUGCGCUUACGCAUGAGUGGACGCAUAUUUUUGUAUUGGAUGUCAUGAAUUUGACCUUUUAUGGCACUACGUGACUUCUAUUUUGCUGUGUGUACACGAGCGGGAGCACGUCUGUAUAUUUAGCUUGUGAGAAAAACAUGCCUGGUUGAUUGCAACAUAGAUUUCAGGAUUUUGUUCACGUACCCCCUCCGUCACUUGGCGUACCCCAGUUUGGGAACCACUGUUCUAAGGUGAUGAUAUGGAACAUACUUUUUACAUCCUUAAUGCAUUGUAUACUUUACAUAUGACAAUGUUUACAUAAGUUUUACCUGUAUGUGAACAUGUCUUGUAUUUCUUUGAAGUUCAAUAAAAAUAAGUGCAGAUGGCGGCCUCUUUUGCAUUGUUUAUGGUUGCCUAAAUCGAUCAAACCAUGAAACCACAAUGCCUUUCUUAAGGGGGAAAAUACAAGUAUUGAAAAAGUGGCUUGUAAACUUGUGUCUGCGUCGAGAGGAGCCGAGUCGGAUAAUAGGGACUUUCUGAUGGCAUGCCUAAACACGACCAGGGAAACGCAACAUUCUGUCAAACCUUACUUGUAAUAAACUCUAGUUUCUGUCAAAAGAUCGAACCCUUACAGAUACUCCCAAAAAAUACUUAAGGACUGUACUUAAGUAUUUUUACUUUGUUACAUUACAACACUGAAUACUUGUAUUUUCACCCCUUAAGAACAGCAACGCAACCAUAAACAACGCAAAAGAGGCACUUUGAGUUUGUGUAAUUCCUAUAGAGAACACUUCAUGGCCGCCAUCUGCACUUCGCGCUACUCAGACGCAGUAACGUGACGUCAUGUGCAAC